CUUUUACUAACAACAAUUAAUAUUUGUUGUCAAUUAUUAUGGUUAAAAAAAUAAUAAUAAAUGGCUAAUCAGAUCAUGGUUGUUGAAAAAGUUCAAGAAAUUGAUUUAUUACAACAAGCUCUGGCUGGUGCUGAAGAUGAGUUGAUUGAAACUUCAACAUUAGACCAUCAAGUUUUAAAUCAAGCAGAAUUAUUAAAUAUUUUGCAGGGUGACAAUAGUACUGAUUCACAAACCAUUCAAUUAACCGUUGAACAAGCAGAAGCACUUGGUUUACGUUUGGAAGUAGACCCUUGUACUGAUGGCGAUUGUAAUGAAGAAAUUGGAAGUGAACUAUCUGAAGACGAGUGCAACGAUAAUGUGAAUCAUAUUCAAUUAGCUGAAACGUUUGAUAUAAAUGACGGAAAUUAUAUUCAAAUACCUUUAAUUUUAAGUAGUGAAAAUGAAAUAGUACAACCGAUUACCAAUGAUGUUAUUAAGAAUAUUACAAUUAAUUCAUCGAAACCGUUAGGUACCUCACAGAAUCCUAUACAAUUAAUAAAUCAAAAUGGAGUAUUAAAAAGUGUUCAACAAUUAACCCCUGAACAAUUGACGACAUUACAAAACGUAUUACGAAAUCAAAAUUUAACAUCAGAAUUAAAAGACACAAAAACCAAACAAAUACAAAAUAUUUUUUAUAAUCCAGAGGCAAAAACAAGAAUUGUCUAUCGUACAGUAUUUCCUGAAGAAUUAGAUUUACAAACGCCACGUCGUGGAAGACCAUCUAAACGUGGGCGACCAAAAAAAACGGAUGAAAAACCUGUUGAACGCGAACCAUCACCUGAAAUACCAGUUGCAAAACCAAUUCGUACAAGAUCGGGCCGUGUUACGAAACCUCCACGUCAUAAAAAUUUCCGCCCUUUACAUGAAAUUGAUACAGACAAUAUCGAUGGUACAGUAACUGUUGUGGAAGAACCAAAAAAUGAUAUUGAACCCAAAGAAGACAAAAAAUCAGAAUUGGAACACCCCAAACCAAUAUUAUUCUCUGGCUUGCCAAAACAAAAGCGAAAUAUAUCAGCUCAAUAUCGAUGUCCUACAUGUAAAAAAGCGUAUGUAGGUUUUAAUCGAAUGGAACGCCAUUUAAAAUUAUUCCCAGAUCAUGGUCCCUUGCCAAUAAAACGUCAACGUGCUAAUUUAUGGGAAACAUCGUUAAAAUUAGCACGUAGUGCACCUCCAGGAAGUCGAGGUGUAGCGCUCUUAAACGAUUUAUCAUCAUUAAUUCAAAAUAUACAAAAAAUUUCAUCGAAUUUUAUCAGACCUAGUGAUGAGAAAGGACAUCAUUAUGAAAUCAAUGAAUCUUUAGGAUUAUUAUUACGAAUACCACCUGGAAAAUAUUCUAUUAAUGAAUCGGCAAUAUUUGAAACGAAAUCACCAACUAUUGAAAAUGAUUCUAGUGAUAUUGUUGAUAAGAAAUUACCAACGGAAAGUUUACAAGAACAAUUGUUAAAUGUUCAAAUUGUUCCACAUUCUGAAAAUGAAAAUUUAAUUUUACCGGUUGUGGAUACGGAUACUGGACAAGUACCAAUGGCUACCGAUGAAAUUAUUAGUGUAGAUCAAUUAGUUAAUGAACGGUUUCAUAGUUUGACUGCAACUGAUUUAACACCGACAUGUCCAAGUACUGGACCAUCGUUAAAUUUAGAUUUAUCAUUAGAUUUAUUUCAAUUUAAUCCUAGUUAAAUUUAUUUCAAUUUUGUGUUUUGAUAACGAACAAUUAUUAUGUAUUUCUUGUAUAAGCAAGCCUUUUUCUUUAUUUCGAAUAAAAAAAGAAAAUUGCAUGUCAAA